AUGACACAAACUCAAGUUCAACAAACACACAAACUCAAAUUCAAACAAUACCCAAUUCUCAAGUUUAACAAAUUCCACACCCUCAACUUCAAAAACACCAAAAACUUAAGUUCAAAGACGAAACAAAAUCAAGUUCAAAAACACAACAUACUCAAGUUCAAACACACUACAAACUUAAGUUCAAAAACAACAGAAACUCAAGUUCAACAAACGCCACAAACUCAAGUUCAAACACGAAACAAACUCAAGUUCAUACACGACACAAACUCAAGUUCAAACAUUACACAAACUCAAGUUCAACAAACACACAAACUCAAGUUCAAACAGGACACAAACUCAAGUUCAAAAACAACAGAAACUCAAGUUCAACAAACGCCACAAACUCAAGUUCAAACACGAAACAAACUCAAGUUCAAAAACACCACACACUCAAGUUCAACCAAAACCCCAUUCUCAAGUUUAAAAAAUUCCACACCCUCAAGUUAA